UCAGAGCAAUCUAAUAAGACAAGUUUCCGAUGGAAAACUAAGAAGUCAUAUUCUACAUCAGUGGAUGCCAACCGUUUGAUCAUGGAUCCUAUAGAAGAAAAUGUGUUCUUAGAGGAACAUAUGAAAGUUACUUUCAGUGUCAUGAACGAGUUACGAAAAAAAAAAGAACUAUGUGAUGUCGUUCUUCACGUAGGAGACCUGGAAAUCUACGCUCACAAGGUUGUCUUGGCUUCAUUUAGUCCAUAUUUUUACGCCAUGUUUACGAGCGACGUAUUGGAAAGUCGCCAAAACAGCAUAACACUAAAAUCGAUGGAUCCGAAUAGUGUGGAACUUUUGAUCGAGUUCGCUUACACAGCGCAGAUUCGAAUCACUGAAGAAAAUGUUCAAGACGUGCUACCGGUAUCCUGUAUAUUACAAAUCUGUCCCGUUAAAAAAGCCUGUUGUGACUUUAUACAAUCGCAACUCGAUCCAUCGAACUGUAUCGGUAUAAAGGACUUUUCAGAGAUUUAUGGCUGUUUGGAUUUAAGUAAAGCAGCAGAAAAGUUUAUUUUUCGCCACUUUUUACAAGUCUCAGAAAGUGAAGAAUUUCAAACCUUGCCCGAGGACCGCUUGGUCGACUUAAUAAGUCGAGAUGAACUUUUUGUGAAGUCGGAAGAUGAGGUUCUUGCAGCCUUGUUACGAUGGGUAACUCAUGAUCUGACGAACAGAACACAGGAACUGAAGGAUCUACUGAAACAUAUACGAGUGCCUUUUGUUUCAAAUUCUUACCUUAACUCGAUCAUCCAGUGUUGUGAACAGGGCAUGAGAUCUGAGUUUAAAGAAACAUUGAUUGAGGCCUUCUCAGAAAAAAAGAGAAUUUCUACUCUUAGUACAUUUCACAAACGACGACCCCCUGGUCCAACUGUGAUGUACUUUGCAGGGGGGUACUUAAGAAGAUCUCUGGAUGUUUUGGAGUGUUUUGAUCCUCUGACUCUCAAAUGGACAAUUCUCUCCCCUCUAUCUGUGCCCAAGAGUGGUCUUGGGGCAGCUUAUGUUGAUAACAUGCUGUAUAUAAUUGGUGGUCGCAACAACACCCCAGCUGGGAACAUAGACACACCUUCCGUAGACAGGUAUGAUCCUCUGCGAGAUGAGUGGAAGCCUAUGGCACCCCUCAGUGUACCACGCAACAGGUUGGGCGUGGCAGUGGUAGAUGACUGUAUUUAUGCAAUUGGUGGAGGAAAUGGGAACACAUGUCACACAUCAGUGGAGAAAUAUGAUGUCAAACAAGAUGAAUGGACAACAGUUAUGUCACUUAAUUUUCCUCGCAUAGGUGUAGCUGUUGCUGUACUUGAUAGAAAGCUUUAUGCCGCAGGAGGAUUUGAUGGAAGACACAGGCUCAGGAGCGUUGAAUGUUAUGACGUGGAUACUGAUCUGUGGAAAUUAGUGUCUCCGCUGGUCGAGCGUCGUAGUGGCGCAGGAGCAGCCUCGUUGAAUGGCUUCGUGUAUGCUAUCGGUGGAUAUGACGGCGAAACACAAUUAAAUAGUGUUGAACGCUAUAGCCCAGCCUCGGACAUAUGGAUAACUGUUUCGCCUCUGAUACACAGGAGAAGUGCACUUAGCGCGGCUGUUUUGUGCGGGAAACUUUAUGUAGUCGGAGGUUAUGAUGGAGAAGGGUUUUUGAACACUCUCGAGGAAUACGUCCCUGAACAAGAUUGCUGGAAGUUGGUUAGCAGUAUGAACCUGGGACGUAGCGGAGCGGGAAUUGCAGUAGGUUGGAAACCUGCCACCUAGAGCCCCUUUGGUUGAGGCUCAAAAAGUAAUCAAUGAUUGCAUAGGUUUUGCUUUUCCCCGCGCUGUGAUUGGCCCGGAAAACUCGUGCCAACCUCUCAACCAAUCAAAUGCGGCAUUAAAACCAGUCACGACUCGGUCACUCGCGUUUUCCCGCGCAAAGUGGCGAUUGCAUGUGACAAUUUUGCGUUCUCAUUGGCUUCGUUCGACUGAGGAAUUUUCCCUUGAGUGUCGAAUCCCGGGUAGCAGUGGGUUCUUUUCUUCCCCAUAACCUCUCGACCAAUCAAAUGUGAGACAAGAAAACAGUCGCGACUUAUCACCCACUUUUUCUCGCGCGCUUCAUGUAGUUUGGUUUGCAUUUUUGAUACUCAGAAAAAUUUCCUCAACAGAGGAAACACAACAUAUUUACCACCAUAGAUAAUCGCAACGAAUUCAGAAUAAAAACCGAAAAAUAAAGAAGAUAUGCUUACUCUCA